AUGUUAGAAAAACACAAUUCUUCAAAUAUUCAUAAACUAUCAGUUGAAAAAUAUAAAUCGUGGGUAUCCGCUAAAAAAACUGGUUCUGUAGCAACAAAAUUAAAUACUCAAUUAAAAGAAGACAUUUUAAAAAAUCGGGAAAUUAUGAGAUCAUUGAUCAGAUGCGUGUUAUAUUGCGGGAGACAAGAUAUUGCUUUACAAUUGCAUGCAAAAGCACUUGCCGAGGUUGAAAAAGUAAUUAAAUCUGUAGAAGAAAUCAGUAGUGAAAAGAGCAUCCCAGUUACGGAAAAGAGAAAAAAGAAUGUAUCAUCAAAACUUACAGAUUAUUUUGUGACAAGUUCUAUAGGACAAAAUCAAAUGGAUAACAUUUCUGAACACGAAAUAAAAAUGAGAAAUCAAUACUUUGAAAUAAUUGACACUAUCGUCAUGGAAAUGAACCAAAGAUUUAAGCAAACAGAACUAAUUGAAGCCUGUAAUCCAAGCUUCAAAAUGUUUUUAGACUUUGUCACACUUAUAAAAUUUCCAGGAAUUUCUACAGAUAAUCAAUUUAUUGAAAACAUGGGAGCAUCAUUCUUACAGCUAGAAGAAGUGUACAGAAGAAUUUUAGUUAUUCCAAUUUCAAGUGCUACAGCUGAAAGGAGUUUUUCUACAAUGAGGAGAAUUAAAACGUACAAUAGAUCGACCAUGGCCGGAAAACGUUUAUACAACCUAGCUCUGCUAUCGAUUGAAAGAGAAAAAAGUGAAGCGUUAAUACAAAAUCCAUACGAAAUUUUAAAUGAAUUUGCUAGUGAUAAGUUAAGGAGGUUAAAUUUUUCCAUGUAA